CCUAAAGAAAGAAACGAAGCCUGCCAUAGUUCUGAAUCCGAUCCAAUAAUAAACCAUAAUGAGCUUAUCACUCAUCCAGUCAUAUUCUUCAGCAGACGAAGAAGAAGAACAGCACCAACAGCAAGAUUACAGUUUAUCCUCUGACGAAGACGACGAUUACGACAGCCAUCAUCCUGCCUCCGCCGCUGCUGCCGGUGGUCGUACACUUUCUUAUAAAUCAGUGUUGGACCAAUCCGCACCCUCUAAUGUAUCAUCCUCUGGUCUUCCCUCUGCAUUGGACGCGUUCUCUGAAAUUUCAGGACCACCAAAUUUUCUUAACAAUAGUGUUGAAGAACUACAGAGUUCUGUAAAAGAUGCUGAGAAUCAGACAGGGAGGCAUGGUGGCCGUUGGAGGAAGCGCAGGGACAAGAAAGACUUACCUGCCGGUGUGGUAGUAGAGGCCAAACCUCAACUUGUUGGAAUUCAUGAGCGGGUGCGAAGCGAUAUCGAGGCUAAAGACCAACCUCUGAUUAAAUCAGUUCCUAGCACAACACAGGAAGGAGGAAAGCGUGUACCAACAGUAGCCAAUCCAAAUGCAGAAGAUGCUGCAGAGCUACUGAGGAUGUGCUUGCAAUGUGGGAUACCCAAGACCUACUCCAGCGCUCGUGGAAUGGUCUGCCCAGUUUGCGGUGAUCGGCCACCUAAUGAUACAAACAAAGAUCUGAAGAAAAAGGGGUCUAUGAUAAAGGAUAAGGAAAAGAGUAAAAGAAUGAAGGGCCAGUCAUCUCAUGCUACUUGGAAAAGCGAGACGGAGAUGCAUUUAAGGCAGCAGUUUGACUAGCAGAACUAAGAGAGGAAUUCUUUUCUCUUGUUGGGCAAACUGUUUUGUUUUAUACCAGUGAGGGAAAAUGUGUAAUCGAUUAAAUGCAGUAGUCAGCAACCAUGUAGCAUAAUUAUGUACACCAGAGAAUGUGUACUUUUUUUUCCGAUAAUUUAUGGUGGUGUCCAUUGUUUUUA